AUGCACGUCUUCGUCGCCUUUAUGAUGGCGUACACUGCCGUCUCGAGCGACGAAGCGUCCUUCUUGCUCUCAUUCACCUUCUCGACUCUAGGUCCGCUCAUCAAGCAAGAUUCUACUCUCCCUUCCGGCUCGUUCGCCUCCGACACCCCUCGCAAGCUGAUAACCCCUUGUUCGCUGGCCAAGGGUCUCGACAUCACGGACACCUUCUUUAAGCACCUCGUCUGCGUCUCCUGUGGCAGAAUCCUCGACUGGGACGGCAAGAUUCCCGCUGGCGGCACGAUGAAGUGCAGACACUGUCCCGCUUACACCAUCUUCCAUAGGAAGCCGCAGCUGGUCUACACAAGAAGGACAGUCGAGAUGAUCAUUGCCUCGGUGCUUCAAGAUGGACGACUGGAAGCCGCUAUGGAGGAAUCAAGCCAUCAAGAUCUUAGAGAAGGCCGCAACAACAGAAAACAGUUCGGCCCAAUCUGGAGCGGCAACGCCUGGCGUCAAGACUGCACGUGUAUUAAGUGCAGCACGCCGUGUCGCGAGAGCCACACACCAUUCGUCGAGGACUCGACGCUCAACCUCAAGAUUACAAUUAACGUCAACUGGUUCCAGCCGUUCGAGGGCUCGCAUAACGACAAGUACUCCAUCGGAUUUAUCAUGCUCCGCAUCGACAACCUUCCGGAGAAGUUCAACACGCCAGACCUAGAAUGCCGGGGCAUACAUCUUGUUUCGCUCCUUCCUGGCUCCGUCUCGCCUCACUCGAAAGCCUUCUCUGUGUUCCUCGAGGGGGCACUGAGGCUCAUCACGGAGGAGAUACAGCAGCUAGACGAGAAAGGGGUCAAGAUCGCUACCGCUUUGCAUCCAAAGGGCAGCAACGUGCGAGCGCGCCUGAACAUGAUCGUGGCGAACAGCCCAGUGGGCGCCAAGACGGUGGACGUGCACGGCAACCGGCGCACACGUUCCAUCUGCACAUACUGUCCGACGCCCACCGACCAGUUCGGCACGCGGGAGCUGUGGAAAGACGAGCCGUCAGAGUCGUGGCCAUCGCAAACUCCCGCUCAAGCAAAGGCCAUGGCCAGCAACACGGUGAGUCAGAGGCUGCGGUACUUUAGCAGGAAGAUCAAUAGUCCGCCUGAUCCAAUGCACACUGUGUAUGUUGGGAUUUGCGGCCGUUGCUUCUGGCACCUCUUUCUCAUCGAGGGCUGUGACAACCUCGGCAAGAAGCUCAACGAGGCUCAAAAUGUCAUGGCCCGCGCUAUCCUUCCAAGCAGCAUCAAGCGCCCUGACAUAUGGACAGGUCUUGCUUCAGGAGGCACCCCAUCCGCCGAAGAAUGCGUCACACUCUUUCGCUGCCUUCUGCCGUUCGUUAUGCUCCAGCUUUCGCGUAAGACGCUUCGCCAAGACGAGGACGAGCACAUCAACUUUGAGCCAAAGGGACUCACGAAGGAAAGCGAGCUCAAGCCAGGGCGCAAGUCGGUCAAGGCCAUCUUUGAACUUGGUCUGCUUCUUUGUUGCAUCGUCGACAUGCUCGAGUCGGAGUUCAGCGAGGAUGAUGUGCAGCGCUUGCACAAGUACAUCGUUGGCUACAACAGCAAGGCAGCAAGCUUGCUUGGCAAAGGCUGGAUCGUCUUGAGCAAUCACAUGGCAGAGCAUAUUCCCGACGCCAUCCGCGCCUUUGGAGCUCCGAAGAACUUCUCGAGUCUUCGCUUUGAGCGACAGAACCAAGUCUUGAGCAAGAUCAAGACUUCAGGCUACAAACGCGGUCAGAUCGAGCUCACGAUGAUGCGAAAAGUCGUCAGUCGCUCGGAUCUUCAGCAUCUUCUCAGUCAGUCCAACGACACCUUGUUUCGGGAGACAAUACUCGGCUAUAUCAAGAGCCGAAACGAGUGGCAAGAACUGCCGCCCUCGACUCGGCUCACCAAGACCACCAUGGAGGACGACACUUAUGGCCUCCUUCGUACAUACCUCAACGGACCAGGUAAAUGCUUUCCGGGCCGCUUUGUCGAGCCUCACGAUGUCUCUGCCUCCUCGAGUGAUGUCGUCCUGCAAAAGGAUGCUAUCUUCCUGCGCUCGGUCACUCAGAAUGUGUACGCGACCGAGCUUCGUUUUUCAGGCUACGCGGCGGAAGGAAGGAAGAACAAGGGCAACUGCUUUGGUAUGGUCAAAUUGGAGGAUCAGUCGGUCCAGGCAGUAAAGAUAUUGUGGCUCUUUGAACAGACAUUGCAAUUCAACGGACCUGGAACAGCGGCGGUCUCAGAGAGGUUUAUGCACGUCCGCAAGCUCAAGAUGCUCUCGAGGCACGAAGCGUUCGGCUAUCAAGUGGCUUGUGGCGAAUUGUUGGACGAGAUGAACAUCCAUUUCGCUAGUUUGCACGAGUACUGCGAAGACAUGGUUGUCCCAGUCGGCGCUAUGGUUUCUCAGCUCGUCUUGGUUCCAAUUCUCACGCAUGGUCAGCAGCACACACAGAUUUAUGGUCUCAAACAGCUCUAA